UCCAGUCUCCUCAAUCUUUACUGAAAGUGAAGUUUGCUCGUUUUUGGCUCUUUCCACAAUGCCUCUCCUAAAGCAACUCUGCAUUUAUUGUUGGAUCUCAGGGACUUUUCUUUUAUCCUCUCACGCUGGGUUCCUAAAGACGUACCAAAAUGUAUCAGACAACCAAAAUAUCAACAAAUCCGUUUUUCAGGACGUGUUGUAUGAAUUCAUUGCAAAGCCACAGUCAUGGAGACGGGCGAGUGAAGUGUGUGAGAAUGAAGGAGGGAAACUUCUGAACUAUCUGGACUGUAAAAUCAAGGAUUUUGUUUCCAAAGUGUUCAAGGGCCUCAAUACGACAGCUCCAGGCUGGUGGAUCGGUGAGAGUUUGAUGGGCUCUGACAAUGGAUGUGUUAUUCCUGGAAUGCCCAUGGGUCAGCAUCCUGAUAACCCUAGUCAACAUUUUUGCACCUACAUGAGAAUGGAUCCGUUCCAGCUGGUGACCACACCCUACUGCAACAUGACCUUGGGUUACCUGUGUACUCAGGAUUUAACACCAGAUGAAGAUGAAAAUGUACGAGUGCAGAGGAGCAUUCGGAUCCGGAGGGCCACGGACACCUUAAUAAGUGACUCUAUAGCUAGAAUGGGUUCAUCAACAUCAGACUUACCAGCCCUCCUCCGGUACGCUGAGCUAAUAUUACACAGAAUUGCAAAUGAACCAGUGGAGAUGGCACACGACUCAAAGAAGCAAUACCUCACUGAAAUACUAAACGCCCUAAAGGAACUUAGCUCAAUAGAUGAGCCAAGCAAGAACCUCACUCUCAAUUGUACUGGAGGCCUUCUUUUGCACACCAUAGAGCAGUGUGAACCAGACGACAGUCCGGGCAAUCUUGAAGAGCUGCUUGUUCUGGUUGUCUGGAUUUAUAUGGAGAUAAAUGUGCUGACACAGCAAGACAAUGGUCAGGUGUAUAGCUGGGAGUUCUUAUCAGGCACACUUUUCUCAACCAGACAGGAGCCAGCACAGCUGGACAACAUGUUGCUUGGGAGUGAAGAAGAUGGUUUUAUAAAAUUUCCCCCUUUUGAUGCAUUACAGUCACAGCUACCAUCCGAACCCAUCAACGUUCAGCUGUUCACUUACAAAACGAACCCAAUGAGUAACCAAUCAAACACUAGCAUCACCGGCACCGUUUGCAGCCUGUCACUCGCUAGUGAAUCGUCUGAUGUCAACCUCCACAAUCUCUCACCUAUGAUCGAGAUAUUUCUGCCACGUUCUGACGCCGCUGACCCAGUAAUUGCAAGUGUGUCUCUGGAAUAUGGCUUUGCUAUCAUCACAUCCUUCAACAUUACUGAUCCAAAUGCAACAGUCAUUGUUACUGCAACACCAGAUCUAAAUGUCUCUCUUCAGAUGUUUCUCUCUCCCACGUUCCAAUCAAACAAUGACAAUAUGAGCACCAUCCUGACUGGCGAGGAUGAUAACUAUCGCUGGAUCAUCCACCCCGAGAUGAUACACAGCAACAACAACGGGACCAUGUAUGUGAACAUAACAUUGUUCAACUACACGUUAAGCAAGCCAGUGAUGGUCAAUCUCUCGCUCCUGAGCUUUAAGUGUAUGUACUGGGAUGACGGUCUCAAUGAUUGGAGCAUAGAUGGCUGUUGGGUUGGACCUAAAACACUACCCAAAAUGACUCACUGCUUAUGUAACCAUAACACUUUCUACGGGAGCUCCUUCUUCGUGAUGCCCAAUCCAUUAGACCUGUCACAAACGGGUGCACUUUUCGCCACCAUCACUCAGAAUUAUGUUGUGGCCGCUGUCCUAGGUGGUUUCUUUUUCCUCUACCUGAUCCUUGCGGUAUGGGCAUGGUACGCUGACAAAAAAGUCCUGAGAACGCGCAAAGCAAUGCUGCUGGAAGACAAUCAUCCAUGUGCUCAUUAUAACUACCUGGUGAAUGUACAGACAGGAAACCGGAAGCAAGCAGGAACCUCGGCCAAGGUUAUGAUUACUCUGGAGGGCACCGAUGGCGAGAGCGACACCCAUCACCUUGCUUACCCAGACCAGCCUGCAUUUGAGAAAGGAGGAGUGGACAUGUUCAUGCUCAGCACUCCGUUCUCUCUGGGAGAGCUGCAGAACAUUAAACUGUGGCAUGACAAUACAGGAGGAGAUCCAGACUGGUACCUGCAGAAAGUGACAAUACAGGACUUCCAGACUCGUCAGUUCUGGCACUUCCUGUGCAACACCUGGAUCAAGGGCAAUGGUGACACACCUUGUAAAAGAACAUUCAAUCCAGCAAAGAAGAACGAGAUCACCAGUUUUGGCAAUUUAUUCCAUGCUCGGACAUCCACUGGGUUCCGAGACGAACACAUUUGGAUGUCUAUUGUGAAUCCACCACGCCACAGCCCCUUCACCCGAGUGCAGCGAGUCUCCUGCUGUAUGUGCCUGCUGCUGUGCACCAUGGUCAUCAACAUCAUGUUCUGGAACAUUCCCGAAGAUGGACAGUCUCCUGUCAUCAUUAAGAUAGGAUCCUUUGAACUCACCUGGCAGCAGAUCAUGGUUGCAGUGGAAAGCGCUCUCCUCAUGUUCCCAAUUAACAUCCUCAUUGUCACCAUAUUCCGCAGUAUACAACCACGCGUUAGAAAAGACGAUGAAGAGAAGUCCAAGACCAACAACAGCAACAAAUCUUCUGUUGUUUCCAUGCAGACCAUCCUCAAGGACACACAGGAUAUUGUGAAUCUCCUCAGCAAAAGCCCCAAAAAUGACGUGAUUGCACUGCAGCAAAAUCUCGAGACCACCGCAGAUCUGUUCGCUGCACUUAAUCAAACGCAUAACGUCAUUGUGAAUAUAGAAGGUCAAACUGUUGGCGAUCAGCACUGGGCCUACUGCAGCCAGUUUGUCUUUCACACUUCAUGCCAUCUGUCAUCAUUACUGGAUCGCGCUGGAGAGAAAGUGUUUCCUCACCCUGAGGACCUCGAUCUGGCCAAGAGCACAGUGAACAUGAUGCUGAAGAAGGCUGAGGCGUUGACCAACACUCAUCCAGUGCAGAGUUUUGUGCCUGUGCAAGAGAAGAAGGAAAAAGCUGGCUGCAAGCUGCCCUGGUGGUUCAUCUUUAUUGGUUGGGGUCUUCUCCUUACCAUAAGCGGCAUCUCCACCUUCUUCACCUUGCUGUAUGGCUUAAAGUAUGGGAAAGAGUCGUCCACUCGAUGGGUCAUCACCCUGACACUGUCCAUGUUCCAGAGCAUCUUCAUCAUCCAGCCUCUGAAGGUCGUUGGUCUGGCCAUCUUCUUCGCCCUCAUUCUGAGGCCGGUGAAAGUCGAAGACAACAAGGAGGUUGAGCUUUUGCUAGACGAGCAACGUGAAAAAUGCGAGUCAUACUGCGGACGGCACAUGCACUGAUGCUUUUGAGUAAAAUCCAGCACUAGGAUGAUGAGACAAGACGGACCCUAAUCUUUAAUGAUGUCAUUUUGACCGAUGCAAAAAAUCUUAAACUGACUCUUGACGAUUUUGAUGUAAACAACGAUCAGGGUGGAGGUUUUAUCUUUUGUGUCAUAAAUGUGUACUAUAUGUGUCUAUUCUCCCUCUAAAAUCCCAUAACGCAUGCAAAAGUACAGCGCAACCUGUAACUAAUCGUAAAGUGACACAACGUGCACACAGGAUUUUAAAUAAAUAAUUAAGAAGUUCAAGUGCAAAAUCAUCUUUAAGGUAUUUCUAUCGAAAUUGGGGCCGUAUUUAAUACGAAAUCCCUCCACACUAAAAUAAAUCGUGUCACCGGUUAAUUGCUUACAGAGUGCUCUGAUUUUUGCAAUUUAUUUACAAUAUAUAGUCUUAGUAAAACUUUAAAAACUGUGUAUUUUAUUGUAUAUUUAGCAUAAGAAUCUGUCAAAAUUUGAAAUUGCAUCACAGCUUUGUGGGAAUGUUGAAGUGGAAAAAGACAUCUAGUUUUCCCAUUUCACAGGGUUGGGUUUAACUGGAAAUAUAUCUCUGAUUUCAGUCAUCCUAAAAUCCAAGAGGAAGUGACACAUUACCAGAUCAGUUUAAUUUCCUUCUCUAUGUAAUUGUUCUUAUCUUUAUGGAAACUGAA